CAUAAGCAAUCCCAAGCACAAACCGACCGUCUCUGUCUCUGUCGAUGUCUCCUUCACGCUGAUGUUGCUUUCUUCUUUUAAAAGUUCCAGCAGGAGGUUGCUUUGCUCCUUCUCCAACACCGUCCAAUUUCUCGCUUCUCAAGGCUCUAUCUCUUCAUAAAUUCAGAACGACAACACGUAGAAUUUGAGAAGGUAUCGAAUUUUUUUGUCCAGGAGAGUGAAAGAGAAAGAAAGAGCGGUUGAUUUACGUUCUCCCCUUCAAUUAAUGGAGAUCCCGAAAACACAAGAGCAGGACAUCAACAAUAUGUCAAUUUGUAGAAUUAGAGAGAAGCAAAGAGAAGAAUUAGAGAAUCUAACGUUAGCAACACAGCCUAUAAAGACCUUUGCAUAUUUUGUAUUGGCUAUAGCUCAAUUUGUCCAGAGAUUGUUUGCAAAAAAGGGCUGGCUUUUGCUUCUGACUAGUGUCUUUAUAGGAACUAUUGGGAUUCUAGUCAUCACCAUAGAUGGCCCUUAUCAGGAGUAUGUCCUUGAACUUGUUAAUUAUCUUCGAUUUGGACUCUGGUGGUUGGCACUUGGUGUAGCAUCGUCGAUUGGUCUAGGAUCAGGUCUGCAUACAUUUGUUCUGUAUUUAGGUCCACAUAUUGCUCUAUUCACAAUCAAAGCUGUAAAGUGUGGCCGCGUUGAUAUAAAAAGCUCUGUAUAUGAUACGAUUCAACUGCAUAGUGGUCCUUCAUGGCUGGACAGAAACUGCACUUCUUUUGGGCCUCCAAUGUAUUCAUCACUGCAAGGCUCCCGAAUUCCACUGACCAGCAUUUUGGCUCAGAUUCAACUUGAGGCUGUUUUGUGGGGCAUUGGAACUGCACUAGGGGAGCUUCCUCCAUAUUUCAUAUCUAGAGCUGCUAGCAUGUCAGGUAGCAAGCUGGAAGUCAUGAAAGAAUUUGAAUCUUCUUCAGAACAAGAUAACACAAUCAUGGCCACUCAAAUGAAACAGAUUAAGAACUGGCUCCUUUCACAUUUGCAGUAUAUGAACUUCUUCACUAUUCUAGUUCUUGCUUCGGUGCCAAAUCCUCUUUUUGACCUUGCAGGUAUCUUGUGUGGGCAAUUUGGAAUUCCAUUUUGGAAGUUCUUCCUCGCAACAUUGACUGGAAAGGCAAUCAUCAAAACCCACAUUCAGACAGCUUUUAUCAUCUCAGUAUGCAACCAUCAACUCCUUGACUUAAUAGAAAAUGAGAUGAUUCGAUUGCUCAGCUUUGUCCCUGGACUCGCUACAGUUCUGCCAAAACUCGUUGCAAAACUACAAAUUAUUAGAAACAAGUAUAUGGCACCCACACCUACAGUUUCAAAUGUUGCGGUGGGAAAAUGGGACUUCUCAUUUGCUUCAAUAUGGAACACGGUCAUAUUGCUCAUGCUCACGACCUUCUUCUUUAAAAUUGUGACAGCAACUGCACAGAGCUUUCUCAAGGAACAGCAGGAGAAAGAGCUAGCAUUGUUCAACUCCUCUUCUGCAUCAAGCCCUUCCUCAUCCAAAACCAUUUAAGCAUUGCAAAAUUUCGCCACUAAUUCCACCACAGAUACUUCUCCUCUUUGUGGUAAUUUUAACUUCGGUGGCAGAAAUUUUUAUAUCUGUCACCUGUAUACAAAACAAGAAAGAAAGAAACACAGGAAAUAGCAGGUUAACAACCUUCAUUGUUGAGGUUCAAUUGCCAAUAGGGUCUUCCAAUCACUUCGUCAAAGGUGUGCUUGUCAGCCUAUCUUGCAUACCAAUAUUGAAAUGCAUGAUUAAAGCACAUAAAUUAAUUUAAUGUAAUAAAUGCACUGUGUGUAAUUAGACAACGUAAAACAUGAGAAACUUGAAUUUGCUUCAAUGCAAAUGCAAGCCAUGUUGUGUGGUACCAUAUUUAUGAAACAAAAUGUAUUGAUCCCUA